AAAACACUCUCAAAACGCUGCCGUGAAGAAGUCUACCCAUAAACAAGGACAUGUAAGGUUAGGUAAUAAAUACAGUAGUAUGUACAUGCGACAUUUCUUAAUGUACAAUAUCCGAUCGCGUCGUCUAUGAGCUAUGGUUGUGGUGUCUUAAGACUUGUUUGCGGUCUAGGCUUGCUUUCUGCACAUUUGACUGUUUUCCUGGGUGCAAACAGGAGUCAUUGUCACUAUAGCAUAUCUACAGUAUAUUGUCAGCCAGGUAAAGACUGUCAGGUUAAGCUAUGGCAAAUCCAGGCCACGUGUCAAAGGUUCGGUCUCUGUAUAAAAGAAUCCUGCUAUUGCACCGGUUCAUGCCCAUAGACCUGCGAGCUCUGGGUGAUCAGUAUGUGAAAGAUGAAUUCAGAAGACACAAGACUGCAUCACAUGAAGAAGUCAAGCGCUUCAUGGUAGAAUGGGAGAACUACAAAGACACCCUACAGACGCAGGUGCUGGAAUCGGGGGGAAACAAGAAGUUGGUAUUUGGAGCUGAUUUAUCGGAAGAGAAACUCAAAUACUUUCAGGAUGAGCAAAUUGGGCAGCUUUACGAGCUUAUGCUUGAGUCUAAUAAAACCAACCGGCAGUUUGCCAUUCAAGAGGAGGGCACGCCAAAGUAAUCCCCCCCCCCCAUUUGGGACUUUUUGACUCAUGAUAAAGCACUCUCAUUCAUAGCCAAGACUGUUGAAAAUGGGUAAUUACAUUAAAGUGUGCUACAAAGAACUCAAGAGUCUUCAUUGUUGAUUUGUUUUAUGUUUCUGAGGAUACAAAAAGAGCAGGUAAAGGUGGCUUUGUGAUCAGCAGUUAUAAUG